AUGGCCGACCUACAAACGCCCACCGAAGCAACGCUUCUGUCGACGUCGAACUCAGCGACCGAGUACACCACCCCAGUCUCAAAAGAAGCAGCUACACAGGUCUCACUCGUGCCCGAGCCGACACCUGCCCCCACAGCGACAACCACAGUGACUAUCAAUGGUGUCGCAGACGCAAGCACCAGCACUGCUACCCUUACAAACGGCACUGCACCUACACCAGCGGCGACCUCUACGCCUGCCCCUGUAGCAGAUGGAUUGGCCCAACACGGCAAACCAGCCAACCUGAGGGAGGAAGAUGACCCGCUGCUGUUUUCCCCGUCGCUCAUUUCCGAAGAAGUCAUGUCACGACUGCCCGAGGGCUACACGAUCCGCCCUCUGCGACGGAGCGAUUACUAUGGAGGCUUUCUUCCCACCCUCCGCGUUCUCACCACCGUGGGCGAGCCCACGCUGGCCGAAUUCAACGCGCGCUACGACUUCAUCUCCUCGCGCAACGACACCUACUACAUCCUGGUCAUCUGUGACGAGACGUCGACCGUCGUGGGCACAGGGGCUGUGAUCGUGGAGCGGAAAUUCAUCCACAAUAUGGGCCUGGUGGGCCACAUCGAGGACAUUGCGGUGGCGAAGAAUCAGCAGGGCAAAAAACUCGGGCUCAGGAUCAUCCAGGCGCUGGACGCGGUGGCCGAGAGAGUCGGCUGCUACAAGAGUAUUCUGGACUGCAGCGAGGCCAACGAGGGGUUCUACGUGAAGUGCGGCUUCAAGAGGGCCGGGCUGGAGAUGGCCCAUUACUAUGAACAAGGCCCAAAGUCGAGUUACGAACGGUCGUGA